UUCUCACUGCACACCACCACCAUGCAGUCCAUAACCGCCGCCUUCAGGGCGAGGCCACUUGCGCGCGCGUUCACGUCCCGACCCGUCAAUGGCUUUCUCGGCGCUAUCGGCAACACCCCCUUGAUUCGGCUAGAGAAACUCUCGGAGCAAACAGGCUGCAACAUUGUCGCGAAGAGCGAACUCCAAAACCCGGGCGGCAGCGUGAAGGACCGCGCCGCACUCGGUGUCGUAACGGAUGCGGAGGAGCGAGGUCUCCUGAAGCCAGGAGGCACGGUCGUCGAGGGCACCGCAGGCAACACCGGCAUCGGUCUGGCCCACGUCUGCAGAGCGCGGGGCUACCGCUGCGUGAUUUUCAUGCCGAACACCCAGAGCCAGGAAAAGAUCGACCUGCUGCGCAUGCUGGGCGCGGAGGUAUACCCCGUGCCCGCGGUCGCGUACGAGAACCCGGCGAACUACAACCACCAGGCGCGCGACUUCGCGAAGGGCCUCCCGAACGCGAUCUGGACGGACCAGUUCGAUAACACGGCGAACGCGGAGGCGCACUACCGCACGACGGGCCCGGAGAUCUGGGAGCAGACCGGGGGCAAGGUGGAUGCGUUUAUCUGUGCGACGGGCACGGGAGGGACGCUUGCGGGUAUCGGCCGCGCACUGAAGGAGAAGAGCGACGGGAAGACACAGAUUUGGUUGGCGGACCCGCCGGGCAGUGUGCUCCAGAGCUACAUUAGCAGCGGGGGCAAGUUGACGGAGCGGAGUGGCGGCUCUAUCACGGAGGGUAUCGGCCAGGGACGCAUCACGAACAACCUGGGCACCUUUGUGAAGAACGUCGACGGCGCGUUCACCAUUCCCGACGAGAAGUCGAUCGCGAUGCUGUACGAGCUCCUUGACACCGAGGGUCUCUACCUCGGCGCGAGCUCCGCGCUCAACGUCGUCGCUGCCGUAGAACUCGCGAAGAAGCUUGGCCCGGGCAAGACGAUUGCGACCAUCCUUUGCGAUGGUGCGUACCGCUACCAGAGCCGACUCUUCUCAAAGAAGUGGCUGCAGGCGAAGGGCCUCGAGUCGGCGAUCCCAGAACACUUGAGGAAGUAUGCUGUACUAGAUUAAACAUGUCUCUCUACGGCAUUCGCGGAGCCAGGAGCAUGCGCAACCGCAAUAUAGCGGUUACC